ACCUAAAAUUUUACCUGAAUUUAUAUGAAUUUUAAGUGAAAAGUGAGCUAAUUAAAAUAAAUAAUCUUAUUUUUCAUAAAUUAUUUAACUAAACUACUUAAGUGAUGUAAUAUCAGUACCACUAAUUGGAAUUACGAAUUAGUUUGUUUCUGUUUACCUAAGUAGGUAUUUUUCGAGCACCUGAGCGAUAAAUCUUGAAAUUUCGAAUAAUAAUUCUAUUUCAGAAACGAUAAGCUAAGUUUAAGUUAUAGCAACAGUUUUUAGACGUGACUAUAGUCUAAAUAUCUGUGUCCAUACAUAGCAGUAAAACAGUAAUGGCCACAACAAAAACUAAAAGUGAAUUAAAUGUUGAACAUAUACCAGCAAAAAAAAUGAAAGUGGAAGAAGAAAAACUGAAAAUGAGUAGGACAGUGGCUACGAUGUGUGGUGCAUGGAGACCUGAAGAAGAGUAUGGAGGUCUCAUAUUUGUAUUUAAAGAGCGUCAGGAAGCCUUAAGUCCUACUCCAAUGAAUGAGUGUGACUUUCCGGAGAACAUUGAAGACUUUUGGGAGGCAACUCUUGGCGAUGGCUGUGAAAUUCAGGGUGAAAAAGACAACGGCAAGAAUUGUAUAUUAUCCUGCGAGAAAAGGAAAGCUGAUGAUGGGGACAUUAACAAAGAUCUCAAAAAGGCAAAACUAGAGACAAAAGCAUUAAAGGCAAAAAGACCUGGUUUUACAGACGACAGAUACAAUGAAACAUCUUACUAUAUGGAAAAUGGACUCAGGAAAGUGUACCCAUAUUACUUCACAUUUACCACCUUCACAAAAGGCAGAUGGGUCGGCGAGAAAAUUCUCGAUGUCUUCGCGAGGGAAUUCAGGGCGCAUCCCGCGGCCGAAUACGAAAGGUGCAUCAGAGCUGGCACCCUCACGGUCAACUAUGAAAGAGUUGACCCCGAUUACAGACUCAAACACAACGAUCUACUCGCUAACGUUGUCCAUAGGCACGAAGUACCAGUGACGAGCCAACCCAUCAACCUCGUACAUAUCGACGAGGACAUAGUGGUUGUCAACAAACCAGCCUCUAUUCCCGUUCACCCUUGUGGCCGGUAUAGGCACAACACAGUGGUAUUUAUCCUCGCCAAGGAGUACAACUUGAAGAACUUGAGGACCAUUCACAGACUCGACAGGCUCACGUCAGGUCUCUUGCUAUUCGGCCGAAGUCCAAAGAAGGCAAGACAGAUGGAACAUCAGAUUAGGAAUCGGCAGGUGCUGAAGGAAUACGUAUGCAGGGUUGACGGUGAAUUUCUUGAGGAAGAAAUCGAAUGCACAGAACCAAUAGAAGUUGUAAGCUACAAGAUAGGUGUAUGCAAAGUAUCGCCAAAGGGCAAGGACUGUUCUACAACGUUUAAGAGGCUUGGUUUCAACCCUCGUACCAACACCAGUGUAGUGCUGUGCCGGCCUAAGACCGGAAGAAUGCAUCAGAUCAGAGUGCACCUUCAGUAUUUGGGUUACCCAGUAGUUAACGAUCCGUUAUACAAUCAUCCUGUAUUCGGACCGCUACGAGGCAAAGGCGGUGAUACGGGAGGCAAGUCUGAUGAGGAGUUAGUGAGAGAUCUGAUUGCCAUACACAAUGCUGAGAACUGGCUCGGCGUGGACGCUGCUGAUGAUGAUAUGCUCUUUUCUAAGCCUCCUACUGAUGAUAAAGUUGGCGAAGAUGAAUGUGAUACAGGAUCAGCGUCACGAGAGUCUUCACCAAGGUUGGAGUCGCCGGCUCCUGGGAUAACCCCAUCUACAGUCAUGACGCCGACUCUAGCCAGUCCGUCGAGUGCGUCAGAGGCGCCGAUUGAGGAGAUGUGCAACAUUGCACAUUCGCCAGUUCUAUGCAACGACGACUCUAGUGACGCUAAGUCGGACAAAGUAACUGUAGCGACACAGACGGGAUGCAGUACUCCCGGGGCGCCCCCUCAGGCCCCAAGUGGGUCAAACGGGUCUAGCCCGUCAGACGCGCUGACCGCUGAUCCCCAUUGCUACGAGUGCAGGGUGCGCUAUCGGGACCCACGUCCUAGGGACCUCAUUAUGUAUCUGCAUGCCUGGAAGUAUAAGGGGCCAGGUUGGGAAUACGAGACGGAACUUCCUCAAUGGGCUGACGUUGAAUGGGAGGAAGCGGAUAGUUCAUAGUUACAGCAAAUUGUACCAUUGGGGACGCUUCUUGCGGCUUUGCGGGUGUAAAGUGUUAUAUUUGCAUGGCAUUAAUCUUACAUUGUUAAUGGCAGCAAAGUUGAUCGUUGAUAACAUUGAUUGUUGAUUUUCAUAGAUCAUUAAUAUUUAAUACCAAUGAAUUUAUAUAUUUAUCGUUGAUUGGUAAAAAUGAUUAUUGUUGUGGUAUUGAAAAUAUGACAAUAAAAUAGAAGUAUUCUGGUCGUUUCUUUUCUUCUGAAAAUUAUAAUCUUGGAUUUCUUUUUCGAUUUUGUAAUGAAUAUUAAAAAGAUUUUGCCAUGUAAAUCAACUUUGUAGUCGCGGGUUGUGACCCUGGUGGAAAGAUGUAAAAUCAUCGUGGCUGUUAUAACUUAUCCAGAUAAGUUUUAUAAUUAAUCUAAGGUAGACGUAAGUUUUUUGAUGACAGUUGCAAUUAUGCAAAUUCUUUUGUGUGUAGAGUUUAUUUUAAAAUGACAACUUUAAUAAAAGUACCUACCUACAUUUUAUGGAGGGUAGACUUAAAAAAUAUUUCUUGAUCAAUUAAAAUUGAUUUUAGUGUUAGCUGGUUUUUUUAGUUCCUAUCGGCCUAUGUUUCAAGCUUUUGUAGAUAUUGUAAAAAUAUCAGUAAUUAAUCGCUUUAAUAUAGCAGGGUCUUAUAAAUAUCAUCUCAUAAUUAUUUCCCUGUAUUAUUUGGCAUAUUAUAAAAUUGUAAAUCUGGACCAGGUAAAUUUUCUUAAACGGUUAAAACUAGCGUUUAAAUAAAGAAUAGUAGUAUAUAGAGCCACGUUAGGGAAAAUGUCUUGACUAAACGUAACAGCGCAGUGAUAUCUGCGCUGUGAUUUUUAACUGUUAUUAAUCACUGUUAAAAUAGCAGGUUAUAUUUCAUAUGACUUUUCACUUGUCUUUAACCUUAGCGUGGCUCCUGACGUAGGCGAAUCAUUAAUGUAAUAUUAAAAUUUUGACGUUUUGGCUUCCAUAGUGUAGUUUGUAAAUAAAUUAUAAUUUCAUUUUCCGCAUAAUAUAUGCAUUUAUUUAAAAAAAUACCAAAGUAAGGAGUUUCUAAUCUCCAAAGAUUAAAAUGCCAGAUAGUCCAUAGAAGCAGCACAUUUAAAGACAUUAAGUUUUUUCAUAAGUUUGCGUGUUUUGUCGACGGCUUAAUGGAUUCUAAAGGACUAGAACGUUUGAGUCGUCGACUUUUAGAAAUAAGAAUAAGUUUAGUUUAGUUUUUUGGAUUGUUCGUAAACGUAGAUUCAUAUAACAUUAGCAAGUAUUAAAAUAAAAGACAAUUCUUACUGUAACUUUGAUAAAAAAAUAUUUUCACGAGCUUUCUAUAAAUUAAUUCUAUGGAAAUAUAUAUUUUUCGUACUUUUAGUGUAGACAUAGUGCUUUAUCGUACCUAUUGUUCUGUUAAAAUUCUCUAGUGCUUUGGAGUAAGCGUAUAUUCUGCGGAAGAAUACCCUACCUUAACCUAACUUUGAUUUCCUGUACCUGACAUGUGACAUAUUCAUAAUAAACACUAAUUUACAUCACACACGACACUGGCGAAGUACCUUGUGCCCAGUUGGCACAAAUAAAAGCCAUUAAAAAGAAAAAAUACAUCACUAACACAAGUAAAAAUAAAAGUAGACAUGAU